AUGACGACCAACAACCCCCCAGGCGUCCUCCUCCCAGGAGCCACCAAAUCCUACCACCUCAACCACUUCAUGCUCCGCACCACCGACCCCACCUCCACCCUGCACUUCUACCUCGACCUCAUGGGCAUGCGCACCGUCUUCACCCUCAACGCCGGCCCCUUCACCAUCUACUACCUGGGCUACCCGGCCACCGACGCCGACCGCGCCGACGUGGCCCGCUGGGCCGAGCGCACCGCCCAUAUCCCCACCCUGACGAGGACGUUGGGGUUGUUGGAGUUUUAUUACAUGCAUGGUUCGGAGAAUGUAUCAAGCGGGAAUAUCCCUCCGAAUCUCGGAUUCGGCCACCUUGGCUUCUCGGUUCCGGAUGUUGGGGAGGCGGUGGAGAGGCUGAGGGGGGAAGGGGUCAGGGUUAUCAAGGAGUUGGGGGAGGUGGGCAGGGAGACGGUGCCGAUUAGUGAGUGGGAGGUGAGUAGGGGGAUCGCGCACGAGGCGCUCCAGGGGGGGUUUUUGCGGAUUUGGGCGAGGAUUGCGUGUGUUGAGGAUCCGAAUGGGUAUAUGGUCGAACUGGUCCCGCAGGAUAUGGAGGGGAUGACUUCUUGACUUCUUGACUGACUGACUGACUGACUGACUCAUUCACCGGACCCGAUAGAGUCUGGAUACAAUACACUGGCUACUAGUGAGCUAGCUGCAUUGGGGUGUGGCGUGGUGAAGUCUGG